CUAGCAUACGACGAGUCGUGCCGGCCUUCCUAUACCCACUUUCUCCCCUCCUUUGCCGCAGGCCCCUGUGAGGAACAGGACCCACGCCGCAAACGAGCGGGUGGGGCGCCAGCAUGGCGACGGCACGCCGCUCACGAGGGACAGACAAGGGGCUGUCCGAUGCAGCGGCGGCCGCUUCUUCGUCUCCGCUGCUGGCUGUCCUGCUCGUCACUUCGUCGUCGCGGGGCGCCUCGUUGGCCUUUCGAUACCCGCGCAAGCCAAAGCUCUUUCGAAGAUACAGCAAAGUCCGCUACUAUGGGCGGCGAAUGGCAGCAGAGGACGGCAGGCGGGCGGGGGCUGGUAUGGGAGGAGAGGAGGACCUGGUGGGCGAAGACGACGAAGAGGCGCAGGAGGAAGAGGAGGACGAGCUGAGCGAGGACGAAGAGGAGGAUGAGGACGAGGAAGACGGCGAUGUCGAUGAGGAUGAUGAGGAAGACGAAGAAGAUUUGGCAAUCGAAGAGAGCGAGGAUGGGCUCGACGAAGAGGAAGAUAGGAGCGAUGAUGGUGGGUUGAGGCGGACGAAGCGAAGGAACAGCUCCGCCGGUGAGGAAAGACGUCUGUCAGGGUCCAACACGGGAGGUCCUUCGCUGGUCAAAAGAGCUCUCGAGAGGUCUCGAGACGUCAAUGUAGGCCUUGGAAGUGGAGCAGGCGUAGGGGGCUCUGGAAGCGACUUGGACGAUGCUUUGAGCGGUGGUUCAGCGGCAGGCGGCAAGGACAGAGAUCGAGAAACGACGGCCGAUCACGCUCAGCGCAAAGCGCGCGCACAGAAAGCCUACCAAAAGUUCCUGGGCUACGACGUCGACUUCCUGGCCUCCGUUCUGGCACCUCGCAGGGAGCUCUGCCAUCAGAAGUUUGAGCUUGUCAUUGACGAUCUCGCCUUUGUGGGGCAUCCUGUAUGCGUCGAUGAGGAUGGCCGAUGGGAUCCUGACGCAGAAGACAUCGAAGAUGAUGCAAGGAGGGGCCGCGACCCCAAGAAGAAGCCGACACCUGCAACGAGCGGCAUCCCAGAGGGCGAUGAAGACUCAUCGAGCGGCUACAUCAUCCACGAUCCCUACGAGGACCCAAGGGAGUCUGCGAAAUCAUCUGGCUUCUCAUCGUCGACGUCGUCGUCCAUGACACUCUUCCAUCUCGUCCUGGUUCUCGACAAGCCCGAUCCAUCGCCCUACAUGCCUCGCCUUGACCUAACAUCCUGGCUACAAUUCUUCUACGACAACAUUGCUUUCAAGAUGACGGCGGCCCUCUUUGCCGAAGAGACUCGGUGCCACUACAUCUCGAGGGAGAGCGAGAAGCUGAGCCUGCUCCGAGAGAGGUGCAUGGACGAUGGUCAGUCCUACACCUCCUUUCUGACCCACUCGCUCCACGUCUCGUCGCUUGCCCGGUGUCUCAAGCAAGUCCAUCUCUCCAUCUCGACAUCGUCCAACGCCUUCGUCACGAUCAACGACUCGAUCGACGCGCAUCUGCAGUUGCCACCGUUGCUUCACGACCCGUCCAGGAUUGCAAAGGUGGCCGAUGUUGAGACACAGGUUGACCUCAACGAUCCCAUCUUCAUCGAAGCGGCCAACAACGGCCGCACUGACGCUCAGCAGAGGCCUUCGAACCUCGGCGAUGUAAUGCUGCAGGAGUGGACAAGGACGACGGGCCCACUCUUGCUGCCGUGGCAGACGCUUCUACUGCUUAACGAUCGCUUGGGCAAGGCUGCCACGCAUACAAGGGGCAGGGCGCCGGCCGCUGGGCCAACGGCUAUCCCCAUGGCAGCCACAGCAUCGUCGACCGCAGAUGCAGAGACGGCAGGGGAGGAGUCUGACGAAGAGAGCCUGGCCUCCUUUGCUGGUGAUCAAAGCCUGGAUGCCUGGGCACGAAAGUUCACCCGUCUCUUGCGGCCCACCUUGAGCGGCGUGCCAACCUUUGCAGAGAUCGCGCACCUGCUCGACUGGGACCUCUACGAGGAUGUAUACCCUAUGGUGCGCCACCUGAUCUACUACCGAGAGGCUCGCGUUGUCGACGUGCCCCGCAUCCAAAACACCUAUUCUAUCUCACCGCUAUUAGAGUUGGAGAAGCUGCCAAAGCUGAGUAUCUCUUGGUCUCUCCGAUUCGCCAAUGCCAAGACCCUCCCCCCGUUGGUCAGCUUCCUGGCGAAUCUGUCGUCGGGCCUCAGACCUUUUCACCACCUCAUGCCUGCCAGAAAGGCCGAGGAAAAGGGGCUAUGCCUCGACUGCCUCGUCUGGUUACUCCGACACGAAGUCAUUGUGCAGAUGCACGUCAGACUCAGGCUCGUGGCCAGCGAAGAAGUCAAGCGAAAGGCGGCCGCGGCCAGAGCAGUGAAGCGAAAGAGAAGGAGCGAGAUCAAGGAGAAGAGAAGGCAGAGGGAAGAGCAAAGGGAGAAGAAAAGAGCUGCAAGAGCUGCAAAGCUUGCUGCUCGAGCAACGGCGGCAAAGAAUGUGGCGCCGCUGCUUGUCAAGGCUGAGGAGCGGCAGAACCAGCGCGACCAGCAAGAGCAGCAGGAACAGCACGCCUCGAGAUCGGCGCCUGCCGAUGUUCCCGGUGAUGCUCUCGGUCUGGAUGUCAAGCCCAAGGGAAGGGGUCGGAGCAGAGAAAGGUCACUCUCCCCAUUUGUCGAAAAGCCUCCACCGUCCGGCAUCACGACAGUAAUGAACGCGAGCAUGCUUGAGUCGUCGCCGUCAUCCUCUUCGACAGCCCCGAGUAAUGGCGCUGUUGUCUCGCCAUCUGCUGCUAAUGGAUCUGCGAUUGCACCAGCUGCGACGAACAACUACACUCGUGGCCAUUCUCGCAACAGCAGCAGUGCUCACACAGUAAUGACAGCGGCGAUUGUAGCAGACUUGGACGCUCAGAUUGCCGGCGAUGAGCUCAAAUUCGAGAGAAGACCAGUGCUGCGAUCACGAUCACCUUCUCGGGUCUUGAAUUUGGCAGGCACCAGCUUAGGAUCGUCAUCGGCAGCUCCUGCCCGAGGAUCGUCGUCGAGACCAUCUACGCCCAGAGGAAGAGCCGUCAAUAUCCUGCAUCACCAUUACCAUGGGCAUUCUAGGACGCCCUCAUCGUCUUCUUCUGGGGGCGCCGCUCCUGUCGGUACUGUCUCUUUCUCAGGCGGCCCGACUGCUGGAGGCGGGCUUCCGCAAAGCGUCCCCCUCUCGACUCAUCCGUCGACGACAACGCCGACGACAGGCGGCGCGGCGUUGAAGAGGGGUAAUCCGAGGCGAAUUAUGAGCAGGAGCCCUUCGCGAGCCAGGCUCAGAGUCACGGGAUUCGGCGAAGAAGAGCAAAUCGAGGUGGAAGAGGGUGGCGAGGACGACGAAGCAGCAUUGGGAGUUCCCGAGGGGGGAAUGAUUGUGGGAAUUCAAGAUGAGGACGCAAGGAGAUUAAGCUUAGUCGGUGAAGAGGACAGUGGCGCGCUGGGCCUAGAGACCGGACAAGAGGAAGAUUCCGAGGAGAGCUCAGCCGAAGAGGAAAAUGAAGAGGAAGAGGAAGAAGAGGAAGAGGAAGACGACGGCGAAGGAAGCGAAGCAGAGUGGUGGGAGUGGGACCCCAAAGCAAGCAUCAUCGGUGAGCCAAGCCGAGCGACACGCGAAGAGAAUGAGUGGAUCGCAAUCAUGGUCCAGGACAGGGACGCACAGCUGGCGCAACGCUUCUUCAGGCUGCUCCCUUAUCUCAAUGGCAAGCACACCGUCGACGAGAUUGUCUACCGCGAGGAGAUGAGGCGGAGGGACUUGAGGUCCGUCCUGAGCGCCUUUAAGGAUGAAAUCAUGACGUUUGUCCACCCCUAGGGCCGCUUCGACCUCUUGACUUCUCUGACACAUCUCCAUGUCCAAUUUUGUACAUCAUCAUAUGCAUCAAUCUAUCAUCACCAUUUGCCGAGCACAAUGUUUGCACCGGCAAAUCGGAGUUGCAUCCGGG